AUUGGCUGCCAACAGACUGGCUGGGAGGCUUUCAGUCUAAUCGAAGCCGGGGGAAUCGCUGUUUGGACUGGUUGUUUUCUUCUUCUUCUUCUACGCCGCUAAGUGACUUCGUGCUUGUGCUAAUUUACCCUUUUAAGACCUUCUUGAGCUGCCACUCUGAGCGAGGGGUGAUACGGAGCGAAAUGGAGCUUUACAGUAAUGGAGUGUUGUGACAGCGGAAGGAUUGCAGUGUCUCCUUGUGCGUGCGGCCAAAGCUGCGGGCAGUGACUCUUUUGGAGCAGCGGCCAGGUGUGUCCAUUCCCUUACUGGAAUUGUAUAGCACAUUUUGAAAAAGCAGCAAGAUGUCUGGGGCCUCAGUUAAGGUGGCUGUCCGGGUUCGGCCGUUCAACUCCAGAGAGAUCAGCAAGGAAUCGAAAUGUAUUAUCCAGAUGCAGGGCAAUUCUACCACGAUCAUUAAUCCUAAGAACCCAAAGGAGCCAGCCAAGUCUUUCAGCUUUGAUUAUUCCUACUGGUCACAUACUUCGUUGGAAGACCCUUCUUUUGCCUCACAGUAUCGUGUUUACAAUGACAUUGGAAAAGAGAUGUUGCAGCAUGCCUUUGAAGGGUACAAUGUGUGUAUUUUUGCAUACGGACAGACUGGAGCUGGGAAGUCUUAUACUAUGAUGGGGAAGCAGGAAGAAGGGCAGGAGGGUAUCAUUCCACAGCUCUGUGAAGAACUCUUUGAGAAAAUCAAUGACAACAGCAACGAGGAAAUAUCAUACUCCGUGGAGGUGAGCUACAUGGAAAUUUAUUGUGAGAGGGUGCGAGAUUUAUUAAACCCUAAAAACAAAGGAAACCUGCGUGUCCGGGAACACCCUCUUCUGGGGCCAUAUGUAGAAGAUCUUUCCAAACUUGCUGUGACCUCCUAUACAGACAUUGCAGACCUGAUGGAUGCAGGAAACAAAGCUCGAACCGUUGCUGCGACCAACAUGAAUGAAACCAGCAGCCGCUCACAUGCUGUUUUCACAAUAGUGUUCACUCAGCGUAAACAUGACCCUGAAACGGACCUCUCAACAGAAAAAGUCAGCAAAAUCAGCUUGGUGGAUCUGGCUGGCAGUGAAAGAGCUGACUCUACAGGGGCUAAAGGGACAAGGUUAAAGGAGGGUGCAAAUAUCAACAAAUCUCUGACAACAUUAGGAAAAGUCAUUUCAGCCCUAGCAGAAGUGGACAAUUGCACCAGCAAGAGCAAGAAGAAGAAGAAGACAGACUUCAUACCGUAUAGGGACUCUGUACUGACUUGGCUGCUCAGGGAGAAUUUAGGAGGUAAUUCCAGGACGGCAAUGGUGGCAGCACUAAGCCCUGCUGAUAUCAACUAUGAUGAAACACUUAGCACUUUACGGUAUGCAGAUCGAGCCAAGCAAAUCAAGUGUAAUGCGGUGAUCAAUGAAGAUCCUAAUGCUAAGCUGGUGCGUGAACUGAAAGAGGAAGUGACCAGACUGAAAGACCUGUUACGUGCACAGGGUCUAGGAGACAUUCUGGACAUUGUUCCAAUUGAAGAUGAUUACCCAGGAAGUGGAAGCAAAUCACCCAUGGGCUCCCUGACUGCCUCCCCAUCCUCCUGCUCUCUAAGCAGCCAGACUGGCCUGCAGUCAGUCUCCAGUAUUCAGGAACGUAUCAUGUCGACGCCAGGGAGUGAAGAGGCCAUAGAACGACUAAAGGAAUCAGAGAAAAUUAUUGCAGAGCUCAAUGAGACUUGGGAGGAGAAGCUGAGGAAGACAGAGGCCAUACGAAUGGAAAGGGAGGCCUUACUUGCUGAAAUGGGAGUGGCCAUUCGUGAGGAUGGAGGAACGCUUGGUGUCUUCUCUCCCAAGAAGACUCCUCAUCUUGUUAACCUUAAUGAAGAUCCUCUGAUGUCUGAAUGUCUUCUUUAUUACAUCAAAGAUGGCAUUACAAGAGUGGGCCAAGCAGAUGCAGAGCGGCGACAGGAUAUUGUUCUGAGUGGUGCACACAUUAAAGAGGAGCACUGCAUCUUUCGGAGUGAAAGGAAUGCAAGUGCAGAGGUUGUGGUCUUGUUGGAGCCAUGUGAAGGUUCAGAGACAUAUGUGAAUGGAAAACGAGUCUGUGAACCAGUGCAGCUGCGCUCUGGCAAUCGCAUUAUAAUGGGUAAGAAUCAUGUGUUUCGAUUCAACCAUCCCGAGCAAGCCCGAGCAGAGCGGGAGAAAACCCCCUCUGCAGAGACUCCCUCGGAACCUGUGGACUGGACCUUUGCUCAGAGAGAACUCCUUGAGAAGCAGGGGAUUGAUAUGAAGCAGGAAAUGGAGAAAAGACUCACAGAAAUGGAGAUUUUGUAUAAGAGAGAAAAGGAGGAAGCUGAUCAGCUACUUGAGCAGCAAAGACUGGUAUAUGAGAGCAAGCUUCAGGCCCUGCAGAAACAAGUGGAAACACGGUCACUAACUGCUGAAACCACGGAGGAAGAAGAGGAGGAUGAUGAAGAGGUCCAGUGGACUCCACAUGAGUUUGAGCUUGCUCAAUGGGCUUUCAGAAAAUGGAAAUAUCAUCAGUUCACAUCUCUUCGAGACCAACUAUGGGGUAGUGCUGUCUACCUGAAGGAGGCAAAUGCGAUCAGUGUGGAGCUGAAAAAGAAGGUGCAGUUCCAAUUUGUGCUGCUCACAGACACAUUGUACUCCCCUUUACCUCCUGAACUGCUGCCACCUGAAGCUGAGAAGAACCGGGAUUUGCGACCGUUUCCCCGUACAGUGGUGGCUGUCGAAGUCCAGGACCUCAAGAAUGGAGCAACACAUUAUUGGUCACUAGAGAAACUGAAACAGAGACUUGAUCUCAUGCGGGAGAUGUAUGAUCGGGCAGGAGAAAUGGGGUCUGCACAUGAAGAUGGGGAGAAUGCACUUACUGGCAAUGACCCAUUCUAUGACCGUUUCCACUGGUUUAAGUUGGUGGGCAGUUCUCCCAUUUUCCAUGGGUGCGUGAAUGAGCGGCUUGCAGAUCGCACUCCGUCUCCCACCUUUUCAACUGCCGACUCGGACAUCACCGAGCUGGCUGACGAACAACAGGAUGAAAUGGACGAGUAUGACGACGAGGCCUUUGUGGACGACACAGGCUCAGAUGUGGGGACUGAAGAGGGGUCGGACCUCUUCAGCGAUGGGCAGGACCCAUUUUAUGACCGCUCCCCCUGGUUCAUUUUAGUGGGAAGAGCCUUUGUAUACCUAAGUAAUUUGCUAUACCCAGUGCCCUUAGUUCAUCGGGUCGCUGUUGUCAGCGAGAAGGGUGAAGUCAGAGGCUUCUUACGUGUUGGUGUCCAAGCUAUUGCAGCUGAUGAAGAAGCUCCAGAUUAUGGAUCAGGUGUUCGUCAGUCAGGAACUGCCAAAAUCUCUUUUGAUGAUGAAUACUUUAAAGCUAGUGAUUUUUCCACAGUAGCGAUGACCAGGUCAGGACUCUCGCUUGAGGAACUGAGAAUCGUUGAAGGGCAGGGCCAGAUUUCAGAGGUCAUAACUCCAUCAGAAGAACUCAAUCGGAUAAAUGAACUGGACCUAAAAUCUGGCAAUUUGAAGGAUACCCGUCUGCUGAAUGAAGGUCUGUCUGAAAGUCUUGGUGAUCACUUGGAGGUGGGAACAAUCUUUACCUUUCGAGUAACGGUUCUGCAAGCCAGUGGAAUCCCUCCAGAGUAUGCAGAUAUUUUCUGUCAGUUCAAUUUUUUGCAUCGCCAUGAUGAAGCCUUUUCUACUGAACCUCUGAAGAACACAGGCCGUGGUUCUCCUCUAGGAUUUUAUCAUGUUCAGAAUGUGUCAGUGGAAGUGACAGAAUCAUUUAUAGAGUACAUCAAGACCAAGCCAAUUGUGUUUGAAGUCUUUGGACACUACCAGCAGCACCCACUUCACUUUCAAGGGCAGGACCUUGGCAGCCCUCCUCAGCCUUCUCGUAAAUACUUCCCUCCACCAAUGCCUCUGUCUAAGCCAGUUCCAGCCACUAAACUGAACACUAUCAGUAAACCCAACCUUGGCCAGUGUGUCAGCAAAUAUGACCUACUAGUGUGGUUUGAGAUCAGUGAACUGGAGCCGACUGGAGAGUACAUCCCAGCUGUAGUGGAUCACUCUGGAGCUCAACCUUGCCAAGGGACCUAUCUUUUACACCAGGGAAUCCAGCGUAGAAUCACAGUGACCAUCAUCCAUGAAAAAGGCAGUGAGCUUCACUGGAAGGAUGUUCGAGAGCUGGUGGUGGGACGUAUAAGAAACAAGGCAGAAGUGGAUGAUUCUGCAGCCGAUGCUGUUUUAUCACUCAAUAUUAUCUCAGCAAAAAAUGUAAAAUCAUCUCACAAUUCUAAUAGGACUUUUUAUCGCUUUGAAGCUGUAUGGGACAGUUCCUUGCACAACUCCCUUCUCCUCAAUCGUGUGACUCCAUAUGGGGAAAAAAUCUACAUGACACUUUCUGCUUACCUAGAGCUUGACCACUGCAUUCAGCCUGCUGUCAUUACAAAGGAUGUAUGCAUGGUAUUCUAUUCCAGAGAUGCCAAAAUCUCUCCACCUCGUUCUCUCCGGAACCUGUUUGGCAGUGGUUACUCCAAAUCUCCUGACUGUAACAGAGUCACUGGAAUCUAUGAACUCAGCCUGUGCAAAAUGGCAGACACUGGAAGCCCUGGCAUGCAGCGGCGAAGAAGAAAAGUCCUGGAUACUUCAGUGGCAUAUGUCAGGGGGGAAGAGAACUUGGCAGGCUGGCGGCCCCGAGGUGACAGCCUCAUCUUGGAACAUCAGUGGGAACUUGAGAAGCUGGAUCUGCUGCAUGAGGUUGAAAAGACGCGGCAUCUCCUUCUUCUGCGAGAGAAGCUCACCGAGACUGCUCCAAAGUCGCUCAGUGAAUCUAUUUCUCCCAGUAUGAGCAGUGGCACUCUAAGUACUUCUACCAGCAUCUCCUCUCAAAUCUCAACCACCACAUUUGAGAGCGCCAUCACCCCUAGUGAAAGCAGUGGUUAUGACUCUGCAGAUAUAGAGAGUCUGGUGGACAGAGAAAAGGAGCUUGCUACAAAGUGUUUGCGACUCCUGACUCACACAUUCAACAGAGAAUACAGCCAAGUUUGCCACAGUAUCAGUGACUGCAAGCUCUCAGACAUCUCUCCUAUGGGCCGGGAUCCCUCUGUCUCCAGUUUUAGCAGUGCCACCCUAACUCCUUCAUCAACUUGCCCCUCUCUAGCUGAUUCCAGAUGCAGCUCCAUUGACCAAAAAACACCAGAAGCCAACUCCAGAGCUUCCAGUCCCUCCUGUCCAGAUUAUGAGAACUUUCCACUGGUACAUCCAGUUGAAGCUUCUUACUUGGCAAGAGCUGCUAAAAAUGAGUUUCUUAACUUGGUUCCUGAUAUUGAAGAAAUGAGACCAGGAUCUGUAGUUUCCAAGAAGGGCUAUCUAAACUUUAUGGAGCCGCGUUCCAACUCCUGGGUGAAGCAUUUUGUAGUGGUCCGUCGGCCCUAUGUCUUCAUUUACAACAGUGACAAGGAUCCUGUAGAAAGGGGUGUACUGAACCUUUCCACAGCCCAGGUUGAGUACAGUGAAGAUCAACAAGCAAUGCUGAAGACUCCCAACACAUUUGCAGUAUGCACAAAGCACCGUGGGAUCCUGCUACAGGCUAUUAACGAUAAAGACAUGAAUGACUGGCUUUACGCUUUUAACCCACUGCUUGCUGGCACAAUAAGGUCGAAACUUGCUAGAAGACGUUCAGGUCAGCUGAAGAACUGAACAGCACCCCUAAAGGGGCUGGGUGUAUAGGGGGGCAGGGGGCUUCCUAAUGAUGGCCUUUUUUGAAGAUAUUGAGUGUUAACACUUAACUAAUCUUUGUGAUCUUGAUGGUUUUCUCUUGUAUGUAGACCUGUGGCUCUCUCUCUCUCUCUCUCUCUCUCUCUCAUUUAAAGCACUCUGUUUGUUUGUUUUACUCCUCUUUUCACUUCUGGUUCUUAUUUUUGACCAUUCCUAAUCCCUUCUAGUAGCAUGUUGUAAUACAGUCUAGUUGUGUGUGCACGCUUCCUCCUCAAUUCUCAGUUUUUGUGUCUGUAAGGUUGUCUUUGCAAUUUUUUUGUCAGUCUGAAAUAUUCUUGUUUGUGCCCAUAUGAUGGCAUUUGGCUUUCUUAAGAUGCACAGAGAUUCAUGCACUCACUGUGACUGAUACAUGGAUGCCAUCUGCCUACGUUUUGAGUGCAGAACCCACACUAAAAUGUAAAGUUGUUUCAAAGUUAAUGUAAACUGCUGUUGGAGACUGAAUGCAGGCUCCUAUGAUUUAUUUAGAUUUAUGUUUGGAAAAUGUGCUGUUCACAUUUCUAUCUCACUAUUGUCCCCAUUGGUAGGGUUAUGGGAACAUUCUGAAAGACAACAAACAACAUCUCUGAGUCAGGUUGAUGUCUUUCAUGGAGCAUCUGUUUCAGGUUAAUGUAGUCUGUUUCAUGAUUUGCAGAAUGUUCUUCUUUAAAUCAAGAGGAAAGAAAUACAGGAUUUUUUUUUUCUUUCUCCACUGCAGGAACAUAAUUCUGUGACAUCCGUGGCACUCUACAGGGGCAGUAUAAUUUUAUUCAGCUAGAUUGAAAAAUACCAAAAUGGCUGAUAGACAGCCAACACAAUGAGAGAGCACUUAGCAUUUCCUGCUGACUUCCCCAAAUGAGUAACGGAAUUGUCCUCCAGAGUUACGUCCAGUACUUAAUGGAGCCUGACCACACUGUGUUGUGGUUCACACUUUGGGUUCUUUUCCCACUUUGCUAAAUACAGUAGUUGAGCACCCAGAGUUUCCCAGCACUAAGCUGAGACUUUUAAAGCGGCAUAAUGAUCAAAAUCAUGAACCUGCCACAAAUACACACAGUGACAUAAAAUACAUACAGUAGAAAUGCACACACAACACACUGUUACUUGUGCACAUACAUGUUCAUGAACAGUAGAUUUUCAUACAUAUAUAAACAUGCAUGCAUACAUACACAUAAAAGAAGAAAGCAAGGAAUGUUCUCUGUAUCUUUAACCUCUGCAUCAUGUUCAGCAGUAUGCAGAAACAUGUCUCGGACUCUUUACUUUGUAUUCAUUUGAAUUUUGUUUCUGAAAUAUCAGGUUCAGGUGUAUAAACGUGCUAGACUGGCCAAAGUAGCUCUUUCAUUCCAGUGGCAGUGACCCUAAAUCAAAAGUCGCAGCCACAUGCACUUCCAGAUUUGCUUACCAUUGUGUCCCCAAAAUGAAUAGGCUGUUUGCAGCCAUCACAACGAAGAGACUGAAAAAACCACCCAUCAGCAGCUGUCUGAUCUGGCAUUUCUUUUAUUGUCUAUUUUAUACAGUCACUAAGAUUAUUUUUGUAUUGUCCUUCAAAAAGAUAAUUAACCAUCAUGACUGCAUUUGGAACAAUUUUUUCAUUGCCACUUCUUUGGGCUUUAAUUAAUGGCAUCAAUAUUUAUUUAUUUAAUUUUUUUUGCAGUAUGGGGGCCAAUGUGAGACAUUAGACAAUUAGACUGGUAUUUAAAAAUGUCUAAAGAUUUGGUGUGGCAAGAGAUGAAAACCUGGCAGUGUCACUGAUUGGCAGUGCAGUUUGAAACACACUAACAAUGUUAACUACACAGAAACGCAAUGGAAGGAGAAUUUUGUUUUUAUUUGCUUGAUUUGAUUUGCACAAACAUCCACAGCUCAAGUUAAGUUUGAACCAUAAGGGAACCAUUUGCAUAAUAUAUUUUAAAGGCAUUGUUCCCUUCUGUAUAUAAGAAGUAUAUUUUUCUUACUGGGUGCCCUGCAGUAGAAUGCGAAAUGCUUUGUGAUAUGAUUGUAUGGGAAGUGAGCUGCUAGUGUGCAUGCCAGUCUCGCGCCACGUGACACUGGUCAACCAGCCAGAAGUGCAUGCGCACUUAGGCACGCACACUGUCCUGGCAAAUCAUGAAUGGUGUUGAUGUUUUUGAUGAAGGGUGAUUUAUGUGGUGAAGAGGAAAUAGCAGGCAGCCAUUGCAGGCAUUUUUAAUUUAUUUUUUUAUUUGAAUGAUUAUGGGCAUUGUGGCUUAAGCCUGAAAUGAAGUUUCUGGUGUGAAGGGAUUUCUCUGGUAUGUUGUUACCAGAUGUCUUCUGUAUGGUGGUAUGAGCCCUAAGGUUUGCUAGCCUACAGACCUCAAUCACUUUUACAGGGAAAAUGGCAGAUAUUCAUUAUGUUUCACUUCUGCUUAAAUGUUUUGCAUACUUAUUUUUGUUAUUAACAAUACUUGAUAAUAUUUAACUGGAAAUGUAUUUCAUGAUUAAUGUAUCAUGCUAGUAGAAAGAAAUAUUGCCGUUAAGGGUGUGGAGCCUGUUUCCCAAGCAGCUUGACCCUGUCAUCAUGGUGCAUCUCAGAAACGCAUUUUAUUUGUGACUGCUGGCAUUUACUAACAUGAAAUGUGUGGCACUUUUUUUUUUAUUAACUGUAUUUAUUUAGUUUAUUUUUUGUACAUAGUAGUUUGCAUUUUUUUGCACAUGGUAUGCAUGUAGGUAGAAAGGGACAUUUUCAGUUGCAGUCAUUCCCUCUAACUCUGCUUAAACAAAUACUUGAACAACAUGAAGCAGUCUGAUAAAGAAAAAUAGGGACAUCUUUAAAAAUACAACCAACAUGGGGGUUUCACUCCUGAGGUCAAAGCUGCUGAAUGUAACAUCAUUGUGAUGAUGCAGGUGUGCGUCUUGUCAUGUGCCCCUCUCCUCCCUGCCAACACCUUUGUACUCCUUUUGAAUUAUAAAUCCUGUAUGAAAAUUUUAUGCUUCCUGCAAAAAAGAAAAUGUCAACCUGUUUCAGUGAUUUCACUUCCAAAAACGUUCAGCAACAGUCAUAGAUGGCCAGCAGCAGACUCUGAAUCCAAAUACAAACAAACAGGAAGGGGAUUCUUAUUAGUUUUGGGAGUUUUGUCCUACUUUGAGCCAUUGCUGCUAUAUAGUCAAAGCGGACUACUCAGUUCUAAAAAGAAAAUAUGAGCAAUGAAGUUCUGCACAACCAAUUUUUUAUUUUUUUUUGGGUAGGAGCGGACCACUCUUGUACUCCUUAGCAGGAGCUCAGUUCUCCUCCUUGGCCUCAACUUGGUUCUCAGGAUAUAAUUUACAGUAUUUUAGCCGUUUAUUUUAGGUCGGCUUUUUUCAGGUUUCAAAUCAUUAGUAAUGCCGUUUAAGGUGCAACACUGUUCUGUUCUGUUCAGAGAGUUGUGGCAUCCUGCUGUCCCAUUUAGUUGCCAACAUCACUAUAACAAAAAAAAACAUAAUUUAACAUGCUAGAUUUUUUUCCAUUCUUUGCUUCCUGGAAAUAAACAGAAAAACUCACCCUGAAAUUUAUGGUUGGCAUUUCCUUUGACUAUUUUCAGUUGUAUCAUCAAUGCUGUACAUUAUUUGUCAGAUUUGCUUCAUUUUCAUACAUUUAUUUUGUAAAUAUGAGUGUUGUAUGGAGCUUGAAUUAAACUGUAAAUAUGUUUCAUGUAUUUGUACUAAUUAUAAUCCAUUUGCUGUAUAGCAUAGACGUGUAAUGCAGAUCUAUCUAAUUCUGUGUAUGGUAAUCUUGCACCACUGAACUGUUAAGUAAACCAGAUUUAAAAGAAAAAACAAAAUUAAA